CUCGUCUCUCUAACCGGACGUAAGUCGGCACGAUGGUGUCUCAGGGCGUUCAGAUGAUUGGUGUCUCCAUGGCGGCGGUUGGCUGGUUGAUGGUCAUUGUGGUGUGCGCGUUGCCCAUGUGGAAGGUGACGGCUUUCGUGGGAGCCAACAUCAUCACGGCGCAGACCAUCUGGCAGGGCCUGUGGAUGGACUGCGUGGUGCAGAGCACGGGACAGAUGCAGUGCAAGGUCUACGACUCCAUCCUGGCGCUGGAGCGGGACCUGCAGGCCGCCCGGGCCAUGAUCAUCAUCUCCAUCAUCACCGGGAUUUUCGGGGUCAUGCUGGCCAUCGUGGGCGGGAAGUGCACCAAUUGCAUGCAGGAGGAGGCCUCUAAAGCCAGGGCGGCCAUCCUGGCCGGGGUUCUGUUCCUCGUCUCCGGGCUCCUGUGCCUUAUUCCCGUGUCGUGGUCGGCCCACGUCAUCAUCACCAAUUUCUACAACCCUCUGGUCUUCGCGUCCCAGCGUUACGAGUUGGGGGCGGCCUUGUACGUGGGUUGGGCGGCCGCCGUGCUGCUGCUGAUCGGCGGGGGACUCCUUUGCUGGAACUGUCCCCCCAAACACCACCAGAAUCCCGGCUACGUCACCAAAUUCACGGCUGUGAACUCGGUGCCCACUUCGAGGGAUUACGUGUGAAACAUGGUUGACGGGACUUGGAACUAAAUCAAGUGGCAUUAAUGGUGAAUUGCUGCAUUCUACAGCGUGUACCCCACAAAAUGUUUUUUUAAUUUGCGUUAAUUUACUUUUUUGCUAUAUGUUUGGCAAAUGCUCUUUCUGAAUUACCCCAGGAUGCCACAAGAUGGCGUAAAAGCACUGUGUAGGAGAAAAUGAUCCCUGCAUUAGUGCAGUUAUGCACUUUUUUUCCCCCUAAUGAUUCUUUAUUCGUUCGUUGCUUGCUAAAUUGUAGGAUUUUCGAGUUAUUAUUUUUGAGGCGGCUGAACGAUUUAGAAAAUAAGUUUAAUCGAUGACUUGUCACCGCUGAUUGGAUUUUUGGGCUGACAUGUAAAGCGAAAGCGAAUGAAGUCACGUUUGUGUAAAUACUUAA